AAUGUGAACAAUUUUAUAAUAGAGUGUGUCUUCAAUCGCAUUUGAAAGUAGCAUCACAUUUCGUAUGAUGGGAAUAGUAUUGCAUACACUGAUUUUAGCUGGUUAGAAAUUUGAAGUAGACUUAUACACUGUUAACUCUGGAAUUGAGCAAAUCCGGGACAUUCUUCCUGAAAAGGAAACAACUUACGUACGUCCUAGCCAAAAGCUGGAUCAAUCGGUAUUUGAAAAUAUUUCUACUAAAUAUUAAAAGCCUUUCUGUGCUUUUUUUUUCCCAAAUCAUUGAAGGUUUUAACUCCUUCAGUUAUUUGUUGCUAUUGCUCUUCAUAUCAAGGCUGAUUUUGAGAUGGAGCAAUUGAAUUUUGAUUGGAUGAGUAAUGAUAACACAUUAAUGGAUACACUCGCUACUAUCGCAAACAGUGGUCCUGAAGGAAUUAAUCCCGUUGUUGAUACAUCUACCAACGGCGUGGACUUGAAAGUUUUGGAUUUUCUUAAACAAGGAUCUGAAAACGGAACGAACAGUUCAAAUAUUACUACGAACAAUGCAUCAACACUAACUUCACAACAUCAACCCACCAUGCAACCUCUGUUUCAAGAAAUUCCUUCUUCAAGUCCACCUCCAUCACAAAGUGCUCCACCCAGUACUAAAGACAUUAGCCCUUCCUAUGGAAAGGUAUCGACUGAUUCAACCUCAUACAAGCAUGGUGUAUCAUACAUUCAACAUAACAAUAAGUUUGUUAUAGUAGCACCAAGCUUUAAUUCUAACGUGAAUAAUAAGCCAGCACUGAAACGAACUAAAUUUAAGGAACCGAUAUUUGUCACGGAAUCGCCUCAAAGCUACAGAAACCGUAUAAAGAUCAACACUAACAGCAGUGGCGAUGAUAACUCGGAUGACGAAGCGACCACAAACAUGAAUAGUUCGACUUCAUCUACACUAAAAUCAAUGACACCCAAAGAGAGAAGACAGUGGAGAAACAAGAUUUCAGCAAGAAAUUUCAGAGUCAGAAGAAAGGAGUAUCUGUCACAAUUAGAAGAAAGAGUUGAAGAGCAGGAUAAGAUAAUUGCGGAUCUUAAGAAAGAGAAUGACGAUCUACGUAAAGUUAAUGCAGAGUUAUUAAAACAGUUGUUCAUAAAACCUGUCUCUCCGCCAACAUCCACAGGAGACGAAGCAAUGUUGAGUUAUACGUCUGUUUCCGGUUCAGAAAGUCAAGAGCAACAGUCGCCAAAUUCUAAUUCAUCCGUUUCUCCAUUUACACUUGACAACUUAUAUGAUUUCACGCAUCUUGAACAGCAACCGCCAUCAUUAGAGACACAAACGCAACAAGCGACCUUACCAUCCGUGGCUCCCCAAAUGACAAAUCCGGAGAAUUUAUUCUUCCUUCAUCAUGCUGCUAUGCCUGAUUGGGAUUUACCUCGUAUUUUAGGCGACAAAGUCAACAUAGUUGAUAAAGAACAGCAUGAGAGAGAGGUCGCUCAACGACUUAUGCGCGACUAUCCUCUUUUAGCACCUGCAUUGAUUUCUUUGGUGUUACAUCACACUGUUUCAAUGGAAUAUGUUGCUAACCUUGCCAAAGAGUUUUCUAACGGGUUGGAAACAGAAGUUUUCAGUAAAAGUGACGAUGAUCAGGAUACUUUACUCGGGGAUGAUGUGGAUGAUUUGAAGAACAAACUGGACUCUUUACAUAUCAUGGCAACAGAAAGGCAGACGUUCAGAAAAAAUAGCCUGCAGAACGACACUAAAGCAAGUAAGAAUAUCAAGGCUGAGCAAACAUCGACAUUGGAAAAGAAAGAUCCUUCAGACGAAGAAUUGGUCCGUAAAAUGUUGACAGAACACUUCCAAUACUAUGUGUUUUUACGAGCUACGGGCAUGUCUCAUGACGAAAUCAUGGAACGAAAUAGACCCUGCCUUUUAGGCGACACAUCCCAUUGUAGGACGAAAAUGAGCAAACUCAAGCUCGGGCUAAAACAGGAAAAUAAGAAGAGCUUCCAAACUAUACAGAGUUUUUCGCGUGUCGCAGGCGAGCUAUUGAAAAAUCCUCAACGUAUGACUCAUGUUCGGGCAAUCCUUAGGAAAGAAGUGUGCUCUAAACAAACUAGACAAGCGGUACAAGCAAUGGAUGGUUCUAAAAUACCGAUCUCACCAUCAAAAACCCUUCGCAUCGCACAUUAAGUACUCUUAUUGUUGCAUACUUAUCGAUUGUAAACUCAUCAUGUAAAUAUUAUACCAUCUGUUCAUUUUAACUUAUUAUAAUUUAUUCUUCCGUUUUUGCUCUUCAUUUGGUUUUUCAUAUUCUUCUCAAUAAAAUGUUCACUUCUUGU